AUGCCUCCUAAAAAAUCCAAUGCGUCCGCAUCAGCUCCUGAAGAGCCAACAAAACCUGCUGUAGCGGCAUCGAAGGAGGAUGGCAUAAGCGUAGAGGAUCUCAACCUCCCCAAAUCUGCCAUUCAACGUCUUGCAAAAGGUGUUCUCCCCCCAAGCACACAGAUUCAGAAGGAUGCAUUAUUGGCAAUGUCCAAGAGCGCUACAGUAUUCGUCAAUUACCUUACCUCACACGCAGCCGAGAAUGCCACACGAAAUGGUAAAAAGACCGUAAUGCCGAAGGAUAUAUUUGAAGCAAUGCAAGAACUAGAACUCGAAGCUUUCCUCCCCCGACUCGAGGCUGAGGUGAACAAGUUCACCGCCAUUCAAGCCGAUAAGCGCAAUUCAUACCGGAAGAAAGUCCGCGAUGACAAGAAGGACCCGAAGGACGGGGAGGAAGCACAGCCUCGAGCAACAGGGAACAAGGACAAUGAAGAUUCACCCCCGACGAAGCGCGUGCGACGGUCGAGUAUGGACAACGGAGAGCAUGCUAUGGGCUCGGACGAAGAAGGCGAUGCUGGUGAGACUGUGGACGAAGCGGAGCAGGAUGAUGACGAGGUGGAAGAUGACGAAGUUGAUGAAGAGCCUGCAGAGGAAGGGUUGACGGAAGAUCUUUUAGAAGAGCGGGCGGUUGAACCCUCAGAUGAUGAUAUGGCUGAUGGAGACGAAAGUGAUUGA